AUGCUGUGGCUGUUUUGCUUCGCCUCACACCUUGUGUCAUGCUUGCCACGGUGCAUCGUGCAGGUAAGCUGCAAAGUGCUGCAAUUCUUUCAUCAGUACAUGCUGGGCUGCAACUACUUCUGGAUGCUUUGCGAAGGCAUUUAUCUUCACACGCUGAUCGUGGUGGCAGUGUUUGCCGAAGAACAGCGUUUGCACUGGUAUUACCUCUUGGGCUGGGGUUUCCCUUUAGUGCCAGCAUCCAUUCAUGCAGUUGCAAGGGCCAGAUACUUCAAUGACAACUGUUGGAUGAGUGUUGACACACACUUGCUUUAUAUUGUUCAUGGACCUGUAAUGGCAGCUUUAUUGGUCAAUUUUUUCUUUUUGCUUAACAUUGUCCGAGUUUUGGUGACAAAGCUGAGAGAUACCCACCGUGCUGAAUCCAACAUGUAUAUGAAAGCUGUCAGAGCCACUUUAAUCCUGGUGCCCUUACUAGGAAUUCAGUUUGUUAUUAUUCCCUGGAGACCAGAAAACCGACUUGCUGGCGAAAUAUAUGAUUACAUCAUGCAUAUACUAAUGCAUUACCAGGGCUUACUUGUGGCUACCAUAUUCUGCUUCUUCAAUGGCGAGGUGCAAGGAGCUCUGAAGAGGCAGUGGACGCAGUACAAAACCCAGUGGGGCCAAAGGCGCCGAGAGCACUGUUCCACACGAUCUACCUCCUACACUGCCACGUCAAUCACAGAGGUCCCUGUUUACCUGUACCAUCAUGACCCCAACAAUGAACAGUUGAAUGGAAGAUAUGUAGAAGACUCUGAACUCGUUGCACUAAAAUCUGGAGAGACAUCUGCCUAGCUCAGCACCAGCCACUGCAACCACAUCAUUUCAUGUUCUGCUUGUGAAAAAAAAUGGGGAGAAGGGUGGGAGUGUGGAAACGCAAGAUGCUGUGUCAGUGCAGGCCUAGGCAGAAGGGCACAUCCUAUUCAAACCACAUCAACUUCUUACAGUGAUGUAGAGGGAGUGUGAUGCAGACCUGGAAUAGGAUUUCUUCCUGUGCACUGCAGCAGGGAGUGAACAUGGCUGCGUACCCACCAGGCUGCGUAACCCCCACAUCUCCUGAUACCAGCUGUAUGAAGUGACCAUCUGACAUUUGUAGCAACCCCAGGUAGCCAAUAGCAAAUAGGAAGGAAGGAACCAGUAUGUGGCAAUUGGAAACUUUCAGCACUUUUUGCUUUUGGUACUUUUCUUUAACAUUAGAUUUUAAACCAUCAACUUUCACAAAGCGUAACUGACUUGGAGUCCUUUAUUACUCCCCUUUAAUGAGCUUGAUAACUGCUUAAAAAAUUUUGCACAUCGCAAGACAAAUCAAACAUAUAAACAGCAGAAAGUCAUUCUGCAGUAUUGAAAUCUUGAUACUUUCCAAAGAAUGCCACAAAAUAUUACCAUCCCCAAAGGAUACCCCAAAAUAUAAUCAUCCCAUUAGCAGGGGCAUAAAGCAAAUUAAGGUGAAAUAGUCAUUGCAUGCCAAGAUCUCAAACACCCUCAGAGAAACAGAUCAAUUCUUCAGGUUUAAUGACACCAGUCCUGAAGGCAUCUCAAAAUGGAUUUCGUUGAACAAUACUGGUAGUUCAAUAUUUAUUUAUAGGAAAAAUUGUCACCCUAUUACUCUGCCCAGAAACUCAUCAUUAAGCCACAAUUCUCUCACUCUGAAUAAACCGUGAAAUUUGUUUGGGAACUGUGGUUUUAUUUAAUAGGCAUUCUGAGUUGAGUGCUAGAUGAAUGCUUGUCUCUGUUAUAAAUUUGUGAUAAUGGCAGUAAAUGUUCCCAUGAAAGAAGUCAGAAACCAAUAUCUUCGCACAGGAAGCAUCUACUUUUAGAAUCUGGUUGCUCUCCUGAGUUCCUAAUCAUUAGAUAGUUUUGCCAAAAACCUUUAUAAUCUAUUUCAGCUUCUAUUAAAAUUAACCCUGUUAACUUGGGUGAGCAAUGAACAUCUUCAGUGCUCAGAAAUUAGUUACACAAUACAGUUCAUUGUAGACUUCAAAAACAUGAGGCCAUUUCCUCCACAGUGGUUUGAAACCAAUUUUAAAUAUUGUAUCCAGCCAGGCUGAUUUUCCUUCCCUGACACAACCAGACCCUAAGAUUUACCAUCAACUUGUAGAUAUUAAAUGGAGGAAAAAUAUACGCGUCUAGCUACCUGAGUCAUCAUCUCACUGGAAAAGUCCCUUGCAGGAAUGGGUUCAUGAGGAAGGGCUGUGAAGCCAGCACUAUGAGAAGGCACCAGAUUCGCCCUAUUCAUGCAUGAGGCAAUGCCUUGCAGGGAGGGGGCUGCUCUGUUUUCACCACCAGCACACACACCAGCUGUGCACCACAACCCCUUGUUCCCAGAGCGAGGAGGAAGCUGCUGGCUCUGCCAUCGUAGAACAAAAGAGGAGCUGGGGAACAAGAAGGAAUUGUCUGCUGGCGGUGCAGAUCAUCACGUGGUCAAUCCAGCAGAACACUUACAAGAAAAUACCAUUGUGUGCGUUUGUUCAAGCCACAUAUCUAUUUUUCAGACUUCAAGGGAUACAAAGACGGUUAUUUUUUUUUUUGAAACAACAGUAUUUCUCACAUUGCUAUUUCUUCUUUCACCAUUGAACAAUAGGAAAUGGAGGAGUCAGUUGUUAAAGACAAUAAAGUGGCUCUACUAUGAAUCUGUAAUAUUCUGAAUAGCUUUGGGGCACACUGCACUUCCCAGGAGGGCAGCAGAAGGCAUUCCUGCUUUCUAAAGACAUAAACGAGCUGAUUGUAAAAGAAAUGUGCAUAAUAUAGAGAGUUUAAUAAUGAACAUGUUGGUUUUAAUAAUGCACACAUUUUAAACAUGUAAGUGCAAGUUGUUUCACAGCCAGUUAUGUUCAUGUAGAUGUACAAAAUGGAAAUGCUUUCCCAUUAUAUUGAUUGUUUUCUUUCUUCACUAAUAAUAUUUUCUUGCUCUGUUUAGUAGUGUGCUCUGAAAAGCCAGAUCCAGGAUCUGAGGUUUAGGAUAUUGUUUGCAUCUUUGGUGUGCUUGUGUCAGUCUUUAUGGAAGCUUUGGUUUCAGCCAAGUGAUGAUGAUUUCCAGCCACAAAAAAAAUUAGUAUAACAUACACACUGAGUUUAGGGCUGUCAUCACACUUGGGUUUUGUAGGAAAGGCUGAGUUUUAAAGGUACUUACUGAGUAAUUUCUAAUCAAAAUAUUUUCCAAUGGGAAAUGCUAUUUUUCUUCAUCUCAAGAUGGUUUGAAAUGUCAUCAUUGCACACAUAAGGUAAAUUUAAUUCUCUACUUUAUAAAUAGCUCCAUACACUAGUGACAGUAAUAUUGAGAAUGCUGAUACAACCUCAGUAAUUCCAAUAAUGAUAGUAGGGUGGUUUGACUCUAAUAGAUUUCACAAGAACAGCAGAAACAUAUAAUUAAUGAAUGAGUAUCAAAAAGUAUGGAAGGAGCUGACACUUGAAUCAGUGGAUUCAAGGUGUAUUUUAAGAGGAAAGCAACCUCACAUUUAUCACCUCUGCAGUAUCUGUUUCCUCUCAAACACCACACCCAACACAUGAAAACCCAGUUUAGUGAGCAUUUGCUCUGGCAGAAGGUUUUGUGUGGUUGCUCUGAGCAACUAAAUCUAUCAGAAAGACAGAUUUAGAUUGAUGCAGUUGUUAUUCUUUACGAGGUACAGAAACACAAAUUAAAGUAUUUGUUGCA